AUGCUGGCGGAUUUAUGGAGUAUGCUACUUAGUGGUGGUGUUGCUACUGCAACAGCAGGUGCUGUGGCGGAAUUAACUCUGGAUCCACAAUUAAAAUAUUGGGUAUUACUUCCUAUCUCUGUGGUAAUGAUUCUGACUGGGAUCUUACGUCAACAGGUGUCUGUAUUAAUUGGUUCAGGUGUAAAAGGACAACCCCGAGUGAAAAAUACAGAAGCACAAUACAUGAUGAAGGCCCAAGUAUUACUUGGGAACGGAUCAAAUAUUAGUGAUGAAUCAUUCCAAGAAAGGAAAGAAUACCUCUCUAAGACUUUAGCAAGUGGUAAAUACGUUGCAAGAUCUAAGGCGGCAAAACCAGGAGAGACAGUAAAUCCAUUCAAUGACCCAGGUACAGCAGACGCUAUGAUGAGUAUGGCGAAGGGAAAUAUGGCUAGUUUUAUUCCACAAACAAUAAUUAUGUGGUGGGUAAACCAUUUUUUUGCAGGAUUUGUUUUGAUGAAGUUGCCAUUCCCUUUGACUCUACGAUUUAAGGAAAUGCUACAAAGUGGGGUAAUGACAGCUGAUUUGGACGUCCGUUGGGUGAGUGCAAUCUCUUGGUAUUUCAUUUCAGUACUAGGUUUGGACCCUGUUUUUAACUUAUUAACUUCUGAAAAUACGGAUAACCAAUUGGGUAUGAUGCAAACUCAGACUCCACAGGGAACUGAUAUGGUGUCUCAACCGGCUCAAGUGGAAUCACAGAUGAAGGCUCUUGCCAAUGAUUUAACAAUUGCUCAGCAUGAAUGUUGUUUUGACAACGUCGAGGCAAGAGUUUUACGUAUGUACAACUAA